ACCGGCAGUGACAGAGGCGGGGACGCAUCCACGUCUCUGGAUGCCUCUACAGAAUCUUCUCUUCUCCCUCUAGGCUCUGAGGUCAGGGACUGUGUGUGGCCCAUUAACCACUGCAGACACCGAGCAGAGCACAUGGCAUAGCAGGUGCUCAUUAAGUACUCGCUGAAGGAACGGUGUAACUAGCAUGGUUAGAUGCAGGAGCCAUGAGCGGCUCUGGGAACCUGAUGGAUUUUCUCGAUGAGCCAUUCCCUGACGUGGGGACAUAUGAGGACUUCCACACCAUUGACUGGCUGAGGGAAAAGUCACGGGACACUGACAGACACCGAAAGAUAACCAGCAAAAGCAAGGAGUCCGUGUGGGAAUUCAUCAAGGGCCUGCUCGAUGCCUGGUCAGGAUGGGUGGUCAUGCUGCUCAUCGGGCUGCUGGCAGGCACCUUGGCCGGGGUCAUCGACCUUGCUGUGGACUGGAUGACCGACCUGAAGGAGGGGAUCUGCCUGUCUGCCUUCUGGUACAGCCAUGAGCAGUGCUGCUGGACCUCCACUGAGACCACUUUUGAGGACAGAGACAAGUGUCCCCUGUGGCAGAAAUGGUCAGAACUGCUGGUGAAUCAGUCAGAGGGCGCCAGCGCUUACAUCCUGAAUUACCUGCUGUACAUCCUGUGGGCCUUGCUGUUUGCGUUCUUGGCUGUUUCCCUGGUGCGCGUCUUUGCGCCCUACGCCUGCGGCUCGGGAAUACCGGAGAUAAAGACCAUUCUGAGUGGCUUCAUCAUCAGGGGCUACUUGGGCAAGUGGACCCUGCUGAUCAAGACCGUCACCCUGGUGCUGGUAGUGUCCUCGGGCCUGAGCCUUGGGAAGGAAGGGCCGCUGGUGCACGUGGCUUGUUGCUGUGGCAACUUCUUCAGCAGCCUCUUCUCCAAGUACAGCAAGAACGAGGGCAAGAGGCGCGAGGUACUUUCAGCUGCAGCCGCAGCUGGAGUCUCCGUGGCCUUUGGUGCUCCAAUUGGCGGCGUGCUCUUCAGCCUAGAAGAGGUCAGUUACUACUUUCCCUUGAAGACUCUGUGGCGGUCCUUUUUCGCGGCCCUGGUGGCAGCCUUCACGCUGCGAUCCAUCAAUCCCUUUGGGAACAGCCGCCUUGUUCUCUUUUACGUGGAAUAUCACACGCCUUGGUACAUGGCCGAGCUCUUUCCCUUCAUCCUGCUGGGGGUCUUCGGGGGCUUGUGGGGAACCCUCUUUAUCCGCUGCAACAUCGCCUGGUGCAGGAGGCGCAAAACCACCAAGCUGGGGAAGUACCCAGUGCUAGAGGUCAUUGUGGUGACCGCCAUCACCGCCAUCAUCGCCUACCCCAACCCCUACACACGCCAGAGCACGAGCGAGCUCAUCUCCGAGCUGUUCAAUGACUGCGGGGCCCUCGAGUCCUCCCAGCUCUGUGACUACAUCAACGACCCCAACAUGACCCGGCCUGUGGAUGACAUUCCCGACAGGCCGGCCGGGCACGGGGUGUACACGGCCAUGUGGCAGCUGGCCCUGGCCCUGAUCUUCAAAAUCGUCAUCACCAUAUUUACCUUUGGCAUGAAGAUCCCAUCGGGCCUCUUCAUCCCCAGCAUGGCUGUGGGAGCCAUGGCGGGCAGGAUGGUGGGAAUCGGCGUGGAGCAGCUGGCUUACCAUCACCAUGACUGGAUCAUCUUCAGGAACUGGUGCAGGCCCGGAGCGGACUGUGUCACCCCGGGACUUUACGCAAUGGUGGGAGCAGCAGCCUGCCUAGGUGGAGUGACCAGGAUGACGGUGUCAUUGGUGGUCAUCAUGUUUGAAUUAACGGGUGGUCUGGAAUACAUUGUACCCCUGAUGGCGGCAGCUGUGACCAGCAAGUGGGUGGCUGAUGCCUUCGGGAAAGAAGGCAUCUACGAGGCCCACAUCCACUUAAAUGGGUACCCGUUUCUGGAUGUGAAGGAUGAGUUCACUCACCGCACACUGGCCACCGACGUGAUGCGGCCUCGGCGGGGAGAGCCGCCGCUGUCCGUGCUCACCCAGGACAGCAUGACUGUGGAGGACGUGGAGACGCUCAUCAAAGAGACUGAUUUCAACGGCUUCCCUGUAGUGGUCUCCAGGGACUCUGAGCGCCUCAUCGGAUUUGCCCAGAGGAGGGAACUGAUUCUUGCAAUAAAGAACGCCAGGCAGCGGCAGGAGGGCAUCGUGAGCAACUCCAUCAUGUACUUCACGGAGGAGCCCCCCGAGCUGCCGGCCAGCAGCCCGCAGCCCCUGAAGCUGCGCCGCGUGCUGAACCUCAGCCCCUUCACGGUCACGGACCACACCCCCAUGGAGACGGUGGUGGACAUCUUCCGCAAGCUGGGCCUCCGCCAGUGCCUGGUGACGCGCAGCGGGAGACUUCUUGGCAUCAUCACAAAAAAGGAUGUUCUGAGACAUAUGGCCCAGAUGGCAAACCAGGACCCUGAAUCCAUCAUGUUUAAUUAGAAACAAGAUGGCAAUUAUUUUGAGAAAAAUACAACAACUGUGUCAUUUCAAAAGAAGUAAACAAAUAAUAUGUUAUUAUCCUAAUGAACGAUUCAAAAGCGUUCUUUGAAAGGAAGGGAGGAAGGAUGAAAACUUUUGUUAAAAAAAUACAUCAAUGAAUAGACAUUUUAUAGCUUUAACCCCUUAAGAGUUUCAAAUUGUGUUUGUUAAUGAAUUUACUAACUGCUCUGGGGCAUGUGGGUGGCUGUAAACAAUGGAACACAAAUGCUGAAUCAAGAAAUGUUUGCCCUUCUGUUCAAGGCUGGUGUUUGUGAAGCUUUGAGUCCAAAAGGCAGAGGGGUAUUGGUGUGUCAGUGUCCUUAUUUAUUGGUUCCUGAAGUUUUGCUGCUAUGUUACUGAAUCAGACUGAAGAUAUUUGCACUUACUUUGUUGGAAAAGAAGAAAUGAAAUCCAAACAUAGUGAAAGCUGCAAGUAUGGGGUCACGCAUGACUAUCCCAUUUCUUGCUCCUGUUCUCAGUCUGUUAUUUUGCUUAUCCAUCAGUUUCCGAACCAACAUCAGGAUCACCUGUUCUGAUGGGUGUGAAGAAGUCGUUUCUCUAUGCAAGACCAGCAUCUUGGGACUGCCGGACGAACUAUUGGAACGUUCAGUGCUGCACUGUGUUCCCUUCUGUGCAAAGGGAGCCAUCCUUAUUUUGAGAGUGUACACACCCAAUCACGGAUUUGCAUCCUCAUUGCAUUUGCUUCAUUUAUUUAUUGCUGUUGCCUGUGCAUUCUUAAAUAUUGAUCAGUCCAGUACUUUCUAUGGGAUGCAUCCUAUAUGCUGCCAGCUUGUCAUAAGUGUGCUUUAAUUUCCAGAUAGCCUAUACAAGAGUCAGGCUACCCAGUGUUACUACUUAUUUUUCCUCUCAGAUCUUAUUAUAUACGGCUGCAGAGAGGGUGAGGCAUACGAGUUCUCAGUGGGAAGUCCUCCAAAUGGAUUGCAAGAGAAACACUAAAUUGAUUCUAAAUCUGUUCCAUUCUCUUCUCUGUGGGAUGCAAAAUGCUCAGCUUUAAUGUAUAAGCAUGCACUUUUAUACCAGCAAUCAAAGCACAGAAGGACAGAGUUAAAUCCUAGACGGCCAAUUCAAGCAUUGGGCAUCUUCGUAAUGAUGCUUUGAUUCUUUCAGCCGGGACUCCUGUCUCUUCUGGGGGAAGGAAUGGAGCUGCGUUUUUUAGAGCCGCUGCAUGAGCUGUGUGAACGAGAGUCACCUGUCUGCUCUUUCUCUUCGUCUUGUUCUCUUUGCACCGAGUCGUCUUCAUCCUUCUCAGUCUCAUCACUGGGUAUUGAUGUAUCAGGCGUGCAUUGGGCUGCAAAUCGUGGAAAGCCCAAUGAACAGUGGUGAGCCGCGUAGCAAACCUGGGGCUGGGCACUCAGGACUGUCUUCAUGAUGUCAUCGAGGGUCCACACUCUUUGGUAAUUUUCCCCCACCAUCCUUUGUCCUUUGGCUUAUUGCCUCAUGGUCACAAGAUGGUUACUGAACUGUCAGGUACGAUGUUUGCUUUCUAAGCAGGAAGAGACAAGUAACAGGUGCAGUGAGAAUAUCAAGAAAACAAAGCUCUCCAAGAGACGCCCAGCUUUCAUCCAUUCGCUAGACUUUUGUCACAUGGCUCCCCCAGCUGCACGUGAGUCUGUGAAGGACAAUGUUUAGCGAGGCGUAUUACUCUCUGAACAAGAGUUAAAUUCUCUUAAUGAGGAAGUGGGGGUUGGUCCUUGGGAGGGAAGUGUUGUCUGCUGUGUUGGAUGCCAUCAUUGUGUCCCUGUCAUUGUCCUUCCUGUCCUCUUUACCCUUGCUUGCUGAACCUCUUUGAACAUUCUCUUCUGACCUCUCUCAGAUGUGACAGAAAACUCCCAGUCAGAAUCCAUCAUUUCUUAGCCCUAAUAAUAAUAUUCCUCUUGGAUAAAAACUUAGCUAAAAGUGCAUUUCUAUGAAACCUUCCGGUUGAUGUGUUUAAGACAUUUGUCAGAUCAUCCUGACAAACUAUGGAACAUUUGUUUCUGUAACUGGCCCCCUCCCAAAUAAUCUCAGCUAGCCAGUUCAGAGUGGAAAUGUACUGGUCAUUAGUAGAGAACUCCAUGUUCGGUCUUAUAGAAUAAAAUUUGUCUCAUUCACAGCACAUAAGUUUUGAGUAACAGAUCCUAAUAUUGGUAUUGUUAUUGUGUUUCCAUGGAACAAAUGCAAGUGAAGCUGGAUUUUCCUGGACUUUAAAUCCUAAAAAGUCUUCAGGAUUGCUUCACAUAGUUCCCCUCUUAUUUCCACGUGGCCUCCCCAGAGAGUAUUAGUCAUGGCCUGGAUUUAGAUAAACCAGGAUGCCCUUUUAGCUGAAACAAGGAGCUUCAAAAGGGAGCACGAAACAGUGAAGAGACAGCCAAAGGUCAAUGACACCACAGAAUUUCCCCCUCUGCCUGUUGAGGCCAUGGAGGGGUGAGGGGCCAGUUCACUCUGGGCCAAGGUCACCAAGGGGAGCUGUGUCUUUCUCCCCAGUGCUUAGUGUAGGGAUGUCUGUGAAUUCAUGGGAAAGAAUUGAGACUGUUACUUGACUUAAGUAACCUAACCUUGUUUUCCUUCAUAAGUUGAACCUCUGGUUUGUUGUGGAGUUCCUCUCUCCUCAACUAAAGGCCAGGCAGGUUAAGGUCAGGGAUGGGGGAGCUUGGAAUGGGGAAUGCCAGGGCCAAUUGCCUUCCUCCCCUGGAGCCCUAACUCGGCCAUGUGGUCCACCCACCCACCAGCCAAACUCCAUGGGGAGCAUGCUGCGCAGCUUGCCCACUCCUUCUUGUUAAAAAGCACGUGGGUAGGGAUUCAGAAGGUAUCUACUGUAUCCAGAUGUUGAACUUCAUCACUUUCCUAGGUGAUCUGAUGAGCAAGAUGCAUAGAACUGGGAUGUGGAGAUGAAAUAAACAUUUUUCACAGGAAUGUUUUUGUUUCCUUUUUCCAGAACCAAAGGCUUUAGGCAUUUGUAAAACUUACUGGAUUCUUUCUGAAUCAGUUUUUUUUUUUUUUUUUUAGUGUAAAUAAACCUAAAUACACAAUGGACAAGGCGUUCUCUAACCAGGCACAUUGCCCUAUCUGUUGCUCUCCCUCUGUUACUAAGAAACUGUGUCCUUGAAGUCAGACACCAAAUAAAGUGUCCCUAAAGUGA